UCAUAAUAGUACAAAUUAUGUUGGAAAAUUCCGCGAGGAGAAUCUAUAAUUUUGACAACUCAAAUUGUCAAAAAAUCCAUCAAGUUAUAUUUAAAUGACAAUCUAAAAUGUCAAAUUAAAUUAUAAUUACAUCUGCUAAAAAAUGAUUAGCGCAAUGGAUUCGGUUGAAAUGCCAAAAUUACCGGAAAAUCACAAAUCAUUUGCCGGAAUACCAGAAGCAAUUUUCGUUGAAGAUAUAGAUGCAUUUAUGGCACAAUCAGAAAAUGAUAAUAAUUGUGAAAAAGUUUUGCAAAAGUUAGAUGAACAACAUGGAAAGUAUAAAUUUAUGGAAUUUAAUUUAGAUGUUCGUCGACGUAAGUUAAAGCAGCAAAUACCAGAUUUAUUAAAAUCAUUAGAAAUGAUUAAAGUUUUACGAGAACAAAAAGAAGAUAAAGAUAGUCAUUUUAUGUUAAGUGAUCAAGUUUUUGUUAAAACAGUUUUACCACCAACUAAAAACGUCUGCUUGUGGUUGGGUGCUAAUGUAAUGCUCGAAUACCCGUUAGAUGAAGCAGAAAGUUUAUUGAAACAAAAUAUGGAGUCAGCUAUUGCAAAUUUAAAAAGCGUAGAAUUUGAUCAAGACUUUUUAAGGGAUCAGCUAACUACUACUGAAGUAAAUAUGGCUAGAGUUUAUAACUGGGGUGUUAAAAAACGUCAAAGCGCAGCGAAAAAUUCAGGAAGCUCUUAAAUCAUUAAAAGAAAAUUUAAUAUAAGUUUAUUUAAGCAAAUAAAAUUUGAUAUUUUUACUUUUAGCAUUUGCUUUUCUAAGGAUACAUAAAAAAUGCAUUAAUACUUUGUUUACUCUUCAUUAACUCUAAUCACCAAAAAUAAGAUUAUCUAUAAAAAAAUUAAUUCUGUUACAAAUAAAUUUUUCUUUCUAAAAUUGA